UCUUGGUUGCCAGAGAGAGAUUUCUUGCAAAUAUUUUUUAAGUUAAAUUUUCUAAAUAAAAUCAAUGUAAAACACCGACAAAUUAUGUGGAAUGCAGUUUCCUUGGUGCUUGUGGGUCUUCUGUGGGGAGCAACAAAUCCCUUCAUAAAGAAAGGUUCCCAGGGGAUUCAACAUGUGAAUUCCAACUCCAAGAUUAGAAAAUUUCUCCUGGAAAUUAAAUUUAUAAUCAAGAGAUGGCAAUACUGGGUACCAUUCCUACUCAAUCAAUCCGGGAGUUUGGUGUACUUCUUCACACUGCAAAAGACUGAACUAUCCUUGGCUGUUCCUGUUGCGAAUUCCUUAACCUUUGUUUUUACAGCAAUCACUGCAAGAUUACUCGGUGAAGAAGCACUACCACCAAGGGCACUCUUUGGGAUCUUGCUGAUCCUCAUUGGUACAACUAUCUGUAUGGUUGAUAGGAUUAGUUAAAAAUUAAAAAUAAAAUUUAAUUUUUAUAGCAAAUUUA